AUGUCGUGGUUUGACACCGCCAACAUGCUCGAUUUUCAUGACGACUUACAGCAAUUCCAUCCCCACCAUCAUUCAAACUUCAAUCAUAACAGCAAACACGAUACCAACAACAGCACCACCGAGACCGACAGCCACCGUCAUCUCUCUCUGCAUAGUCACACUUUAGAAAGUCCAUCUAACCAUGAACUUAGUUACUCACGCUUGUUGUUGUCGGAUAUUUUGAGUUACGACAUCAAUGCAGCUGUGGAGCAAGAUCAUCAACAAGCAAAAGCAAUGUUUAUGCAUCGCUGCAUGUCACAAGAAGAUGAGCAAGAGCGACAUCUGCAACUGCAACUGCAACUGCAACAACCCACCACCAAGCGAAACGAUUUCAUUGUUGAUUACGACGGCGAUGAACAUGACUUGGACAAUUUGGUAGACGGAGUGAUUAGUCCCACCAUAUCUAAUGCCAAUUUAGUCUCUGAACAAUCGUUUCUAACCGCAAGUUUGAAUUCGACUCAUGAUGAUUUAGUAAAGAUCUUUCAAGAACAAAUGGAAAAGAAUGAGGUUAGAGAUGCCCACUUUGAGCCAUGCUAUGAGGAUAACUCGUCAAACACUGCAUCACCUGAAUCAUGCUUGAAUGGAUAUAUGAAGUUUGUCAUCAAUUCGUCUCAAGUGCCACCAUUUGAUUACAACGAGGUUGCAAACAAUGAAGAUGAUAUGCUAAGUUUGCCAAGUGCAACCAGUCCCAAUCAGGAAUUGACUCACGAAGAAGUAAUUCGGUUAUUUGAAGAAACAUGCAAGGAAAUCGACGAAUGGAAACUGACCUCGGAUCUAAGUCGAGUUAGAUUGCAUCCAAUAAGAACCAUCAAUGGACAAUCAAGUGGAUUCAACACUAUAACCAAUGCAAAAUUCAUUUCUCAAGACAAGGAGCUUUCUCCAUUGGACGAAACUUUGAAAGCAAGUCCGAAUUUCAAGCCUGUUGAUAACAACGCAUUUGAAAAGUCGCCAUCUCCGCCUUUAUUUGCCGAUGACUCCUUUGAUGAGCCCGAUUAUACCCACAACGUGUCAAUCCCUGCAUUUGUCAAAGACGUGGCUCUCAAAAGGUCAUCUUCGCUUAGCUCGUUAAAAUCAGACCAGUCUCAUUUAUCCUUUCACGCACAGUUAAACAUUAGCUCAACAUCAAGCUCCCCCUUGGAAAAGUCAAACAAUUCAUCUGGCAUUUCAACUCCAGGGAUCCGUCGCAACAAGUACAAGUUGACCAGCACUGGCAGUCAAAAGAGUCUCCAAAAGACAAUGUUUAGAACCGGCUCCUCCGUGCCCAAGAUUGACUUCAGCCAGAUGUCAAUUGAGUCUAUUCCUGACAUUGAAUAUUCCAAGCUGUUGGCAUCAACAUCUUCCAAAAUUCCCAGCGUUUUCCAUUGUUCCCAAUUGAUUGAUAAAUUGAUUGCCCCUCUUUUCGGUACGGAAACUUGUCUGAUCCAACGAACGUUGUACCUUCGCAACGACUUUGAUAAAAUUUUUGCCGAGCAAGGUCCACCGGAAUACAAUCUUUCCUUCAACACCAAUUUCAAAAAGACCUCAUAUGAAGCUCAAUUCAUCUUGACAAAAGUUGACGACAAGCAUGGCAAACCAGACAACACCACUCGGGCAGGACUUUGUCCCUAUUGUGAAUCAAUAGAGUUUUUCGGAUUGAAAAAUUCCUCGUAUGGGAACCAUUUGGCAUAUAAACAUGGCAUCCUCACCAAUGGGAAACCAGUGCCCGAUCCAAAAUUCCAUGGCUUGUACCAAUUCAAAAAGGGGGAAUAUGAUGAACCUGAAAAGAAGAAACGCAAGACAAAUGCCCACAUGUUGGAACGGGAGGGUGUAUUGUGUACUGAUUGCUGGCAAAUCUUGGAAGUCAAUUGUACGUCACGAUCAUCAAUUUUGGGCCAUUAUCUUCGUCAUUAUCGUGAUUCUCAUGUUGGAUAUAAGAAGGAAAAUAAACUGGAUGGAAAUGAGAUGGUAGAUGAGGCGGUGGAUGAUCCUGUGGUGUUUGAGUUUAUUUCUCAAUGGGAGCUGUAA